GAGAAUCUCACGCAGAAGGAAAACAGGAAGUGACGCCUACCACCAGUGUCCCACGCGCAACACAUGUCUACUGUUUUCUGUUGAGCCUGAUGUUAUUUUCUUUAACUCGUUAGAUAAAGUGCCAUGUUUUAACCAAGUCGGUGAAAUUCUCUGAGUUGGCGUCAUCUGAGCUGAUAAACCUUGUGAGGAAAGACCAAAGAAAGACGUUUACGGUAGAAGAAGACCCUCAAAUUUCCUAGCAUCAUGGUUCGAGCACGGAGGGUGGUUAAGAAGCCCAAGUCUCAGAAGGCAGAGCAGUAUGACAGCGACGACCCCGACGGCUACAGGGACAUGGAGGCUCCUGACAAGCGCUCUGCCAGGUAUCUGGAGGAUAGAGUUGAUGAGUUCCACAAGGCCAAGAUCUCGAAGCUGUUGGCUGCUGGAGUGGAGGAGGAGAGCGACCAGGAGGAGUUCAGUGAGGAGGAGGAGGUGAUGGCCCUUCAGGUUCCGGAUGAGGAAGAGGAUGAUGAAGAUGAGGAAGAGGGAGGGGAAGAAGGAGAGGAGGACAUGGACAGCGACCUGGAGGGGAGGAAUGAAGACGAUCUGCCUGAUGACAUGGCGUGGGGACAGAGGAAGAAGAUCUUCUACGAUACAGACCUAAUCACUACCAAGGGUCGCUCUAAAGAGGAGGUGGAGGAGGAGGAACAGGAAGAAGAGCAGGAGGCCAAGAACAUCCAGAAACGACUAGCGGCUAACCUUAGCGAAGAAGAUUACGACAUUGACCUACUGCAGGAGUUUGAGGUUGAGAAGCCAGUGGAGACUGAGGAUCAACAGCAACAGGUGCAACACGUGACUAAAGACCUGAACCAGCUUGGCCACAAACAGAAGAUGAAACUGCUGAAGAAAGAAUCUCCAGAACUACUACAACUCAUAGCAGACUUCAAAGCCAAGCUGACAGAAUUGAAGGAUGAGGUUCAGCCUCUGGUGGAGCUGGUCAAAGAUGGAACGAUACCCCCUGGCAAGGCUGCUGACUAUCUGCUCAACAAACAGCAACUAUACCUGCACUACUGUUCCAACAUCAGCUUCUAUCUGGCGCUGAAGGCGAAACGCAUCCCUGCACACAACCACCCUGUUAUAGAGAGAUUACUGGCCUACAGGAACCUGAUUAAUGAGUUGUCUACAGUGGACGCCACUCUGGCUCCACAGAUGAGACUGUUGCUGUCGGGAUCCAAGAAGCCAGCAGCACCCAGACACACACCUGACACACACACACCAGACCAGGCUGAUGAGGAUGAGGAUGGUGAGGAGAGUGAUUCUGAUCUGGAUGAAGACGCAGCUCUGGAGUUCUACAGGGGCCUGGAACAGAGACUCAAACGAAAACGCACAACGCCCUCCGCAGGCACGGGAGCGGAGGAGGAAGAGGAGGGUGAAGGUGAAGAUGAAGGGAUGCCAGAGGACGCCAAGAGAGGAAUUACAUACCAGAUGGCGAAGAACAAGGGCCUGACCCCGAAGAGGAAGAAGAUCGAUCGCAACCCUCGAGUCAAACACAGAGAGAAGUUCAGACGUGCACAGAUACGCAGGAAGGGACAGGUUCAGCAAGUCCAGAAGGAGAUGACCCGCUACAGUGGGGAGAUGUCGGGUAUCAGAGCCGGCGUCAAGAAGAGCGUCAAACUCAAGUAGACGCCGGGACACGUGUGUGUGUGUGUGUGUGUGUGUGUGUGUGUGUGUGUGUGUGUGUGUGUGCGCACAUACUUUCUGUAUCUCAUGGUUGAUAAUGACCGUUUGUAUAGUGAGAGGUGUGCAUGCAUGGCUGUGUGUGUGAGAGAGAGAAAGUGUAUGAGCAAGAGAGAGGUUUUUCUGUUGAAGACGGCUGAAUGCAGUAGAGUCUAUUGUAUCUGUAUUGACUUUAUUGAGUGUAAUUGAAUGAUUUUAAUAAAGCCCUCAUGUGUACUACACCAGA